AUGGGCUCAAUCUAUCGGUCGGAGGUGAUGAGCCUCUGCCAGAUUUUCCUUCAAACGGACUCUGCCUACCAGUGCGUGGCGGAAUUGGGAGAGCUUGGCUUGGCACAAUUCUUGGAUUUGAACGAGGAGCAGAAUGCUUAUCAAAAGAAAUUCGUCAACGAGGUACGUCGUUGUGAAGAAAUGGAGAGAAAAUUGCGUUUCAUCGAGGACGAAGUGCAAAAGGAUGAUGUGGAAAUAGUGGAUCACGAUGAGCACAUUCCAGCUCCUCAGCCAAAGAACAUGGUAGAACUGGAGGCCAAUUUUGAGAAACUGGAAGAGGAACUGAUUUCGAUCAAUAAAAGCACGAAGCAGUUGAAGAAGAAUCAUGUACAACUACUUGAAAUGAAAGCUGUGCUUGAGAAGGUCCAAAGCCUGUUGGAUGAGUCAAAGAGAGAUGCUGCUAUGUCGAUUAGUGAAGCAUCACGAGGUGAAGCUGGUCCAUUUACUGUUGGCAUCAAGAUGGAUUACGAUAAGGAGCGCCGAGAAGAGACCGAGCUCAGAUUUAUCACCGGAGUGAUCAGUCGCAGUAAAGUUAUUUCAUUUGAACGCUUCAUUUGGCGAUUCUGUCGUGGUAAAGUUUUUGUGCGAACUGUCGAUAUCACUGAACAAACGGAACUUUUCGAUCAUGACAAAUCUGAUGACAAGGCAGUGUUCAUACUGUUUUUCUCUGGAGACCAACUGCGCACAAGGGUACAGAAAAUCUGUGCAGGAUUCCACGCUGUCAUAUACAACUGUCCUGAAAAUCGCGUCGAACGAGCGCAUCUUCUUGCCCAGAUUAAUGGGCAGGUUGGCGACAUGCAAAGUGUUAUCAGCAAGACGUUAGAGUAUCGUCAUAAAAUCAUCUUCGCAGCAGCAUUAAGUGUGAAAAAGUGGUCAAUUAUGCUGCUGAAAUUGAAAUCCAUUUUUCACACUCUCAAUAUGUUUGCCGUCGACGUCACCUACAAGUGUCUGAUCGCUGAGUGUUGGAUACCCACUGUAGACCUCCCACUUGUGAAAGCAGCACUUCGCAAAGGAACAGAACAAGCUGGAUCAACCGUACACGCUGUGCUAAACGAGAUGGAAACACACAAAGUACCUCCUACACAUUUUAAACUAAACAAAUUCACUCAAGGAUUCCAAAAUAUCGUUGACGCCUAUGGUAUCGCCAACUAUCGAGAGGUUAACCCUGCUCCUUGGUCAAUCAUCUCCUUCCCUUUCUUGUUUGCUGUUAUGUUUGGUGACUCUGGACAUGGCAUCAUCAUGUUACUGGCAGCUCUAGCCUUCGUUAUAUUUGAGAAGAAGCUGAUUGCAAUGAAAAUCAAAGAUGAGAUCUUUAAUACCUUCUUCGGUGGCCGAUAUGUUAUUCUUCUCAUGGGAAUAUUUUCCGUCUACACUGGCUUGCUCUACAACGACAUCUACUCUAAAUCUAUAAACAUAUUCAGUUCAUCAUGGAAGAACCCGUAUCCGCAGUCACUGUUAGCGCAUAUGGAAGAGGAAGGUCACAACAACAGUCAAACACUAGAUCUAACAUUCCCACCGGAGUACGCUUUCGAUUCAAACUUGGGGCCGUAUCCGUUCGGUGUCGAUCCGGUCUGGAACAUUGCCAAAAACAAACUGAACUUCUUGAAUCCGAUGAAGAUGAAGACCUCCAUUAUUGUCGGUAUAUCUCAGAUGGCUUUUGGACUACUUCUUUCGCUUUGCAAUCACAUUCACAAUCGCUCGGUGGUGGACGUAUUGUUCGUUUUCGUACCUCAAGUAUUCUUCCUCUUCUGCAUCUUUGUAUAUUUAUGUGUGAUGGUGGUCAUGAAAUGGAUAUUUUUCUAUGUGAAGCCAGCCUUUAUAUUCGGUCGUCUAUAUCCUGGAUCAUACUGUGCACCAUCAUUACUUAUAGGGUUGAUCAAUAUGUUUAUGCUUAAAGCUAGAGAUCCAGGCUUUGUUCAACACAUAGGUAGCGCCAACGCUACUGAUAAAGUGACCAUAGAUGGAAAGAAUUACACGUACGACAUGUACGAUCAGUGCUAUCUACAGCAGUGGUAUCCCAAUCAGGUACUCGUCGAAGAGAUUCUACUCCUUCUCGCUGUAGUUUCCAUACCAGUUAUGCUAUUCGUCAAGCCGUUCUACGUCAGAUCUUUGGCCAAGCGUGGUCUUCCCAUACCUGGCGGUCAUGGUCAUGGUGGUGAUGAAAGUGAAGAGUUUCAGUUCAGUUUCGGCGAUGUCAUGGUUUACCAGGCAAUUCACACGAUUGAAUUCGCACUUGGAUGCAUCUCCCAUACAGCAUCCUACCUUCGACUUUGGGCUCUUUCACUGGCUCAUGCACAGCUCUCAGAAGUCCUUUGGGACAUGUUGCUGGCUAUUGGCCUUGACAUGGGUGGAUGGGCUGGAUCGGCUGCAAUCUUCAUCCUCUACUUCUUCUUCGGAGUGUUGUCCAUUUCCAUUCUGAUUCUUAUGGAAGGCCUUUCUGCAUUUCUUCAUGCACUUCGUCUGCACUGGGUCGAGUUCAAUUCCAAGUUCUAUGGUGGUACUGGACACGCAUUCGAACCGUUCCACUUCACGCGACUUAUUCGUGUGGCUGAAGGUUUGGAGCAGUAG